UGGCAUUUACCGGCUCAGAGCAGGCGGAGACACCGGGGGAGGCACGCAGGCAAGCUGGGAGACGCUUCUGUCGCUUUUUACAUCUCGACAUUUCCUACACACGCACAGACACGCACACGCAGGAUUGGACUUUUAUACUGAAUUGCGACUGAAAUCAAUGAAGGAGAGACGCUCGUGUCAGAAACUAUCUCUGAAAUCCGGCAUGGAUCCCAGUCAGAGUGUGAAGUGUAAGAUAGUGGUGGUGGGAGACAGCCAGUGCGGGAAGACUGCCCUGCUUCACGUGUUCGCCAAGGACUGUUUCCCGGAGAGCUACGUCCCAACAGUGUUUGAAAACUACACAGCCAGUUUCGAAAUCGACACGCAGAGGAUUGAGCUCAGUUUGUGGGACACCUCAGGAUCUCCCUACUACGACAAUGUGCGACCCCUCUCCUACCCAGACUCCGACGCCGUCCUCAUCUGUUUCGACAUCAGCCGCCCCGAAACCCUUGACAGCGUGCUGAAAAAGUGGAAAGGAGAGAUCCAGGAGUUUUGUCCCAACACUAAGAUGCUCUUGGUUGGAUGCAAGUCUGACCUGCGGACCGACCUGAGCACACUGGUGGAGCUUUCUAACCACAGACAGACACCAGUCUCUUAUGACCAGGGUUCCAGCAUGGCGAAGCAGAUCUCGGCGCCCUACAUCGAGUGCUCAGCUCAGCAGUCGGAGAACAGUGUCAGAGACAUUUUUCACGUGGCCACGCUGGCUUGCAUCAACAAGAACAACAAAAACGUCAAGCGCAGUAAGGCCACCCGCGGGAACAAGAGGAUUUCACACAUGCCCGGCCGGCCUGACCUGGCGGCCGUGGCCUCAGACCUCCGGAAGGACAAAGCCAAAAGUUGCUCGGUCAUGUGACUGAUUGGACUGCGGGGGAUUAGACUAAGACUGAGGACAGAGCUCAGCGCAAGCAGGAAGCAAUGGGGUGACGCUCUUUCCUGCAUGCUAAAGACCCCUUAUGUGUCCGGAAAGGGGUUUUAUAAGCUUCAAUUCAUGUACAUGUUACUGGAAUACUCUGCACCAGUGAGAACUCUGCGUAGUAGCGUCCCAAUCCAUGUGGCCCCCCGCCCCACCAGACGAGGAAGCUAUCUGUCAGCGAGCUACCUGCUCGGGGAAGUGACCUGCUUCCUCUGGGAGGACGGAGCGGAUGCAGUCGAGGCUUUCCACACCAACAGGAAAUGAGCAGUUGGAGUGAUGUCAUUAGGAGAUGCUCAUUUGAAAGGUUUAAGAACAUGUGAUGUUUUGAAUGAGAGCCAAAGCCGGCGAUGGGGGGUUUGCUGCCUGGGAAAAAAGAGGAGCUGCUGUUGUUUGUGCUGGAUCAAAGACUUUUUGCUCGGAGGGCUUAUACAACUCGUCACUGUAGUUUGGAACUGAGUCACUCUCACCCCUGCUCCUGUAACUGUUAGUCUGCGUGCAGAGGACACUACAAGAGGAAUUUCUUAGUCCCGCACAAGGAAAAUGUGACGCUGUUCAUCCCCUGUCUCUGAUAUGUUGUCGGUAUAAUGUGAAGUCAUUGGUGUGUAACUGCAUCACUGUUUAAUUUUAGCUUCAUCCUGAUGAGUCUCAAUCACAAACAGCUGAAAGAUUCUCAAGUUCGUAACUGCGCGGUCGUUGCAGACAGCCAUUCAGUGCCCGUUUAUUUCACGUCAACAGCUAAAGGUACAUAAAGACUCUCUCAAGACAGAUUAUCCCAAAUGUUUUCCACACUGACAUGUUUAUGGACUCUGAAUCAUGCUGGGGAGCCAUAAGCGAAAUAGCUCGAAGCUGUAGUCAGCCUCCAGGAUUUGCCCAACAGUUCUUCAAGUCCAUGUGAUAAACAAAUGCAACUUGGCCCCUCAAUUAGUGACACUCUUUUGAAACACACAAAACUUGCAUAACGCAUUUUUAAAACACUUAAUGGAGCCUUAAUGGGCUGAAAAGCUUUAGUUGACCACGGCAUAUCAAGUGAAAACGUGACUAAUUAUGUAAAAUGAGAAGGUCUUAACAGGCAGACAGCCAGUUUGAGCUAUGAGUCAUUUUCCCACUGCACUUUAGGGAGGGAGUGAAAAUGUAAGCAACAAUUAAAGCUUGUUUAUUAGGCUCUGAAAACAUCUCUGCCUUGCCUUUCCCUGCGGUGUUCAGACUCUGUUGUUCGGCAAAACACUUACAAAGGCCCAGUCACACCAGCAACUAUUUGGAUAAACAAUUAACUAUUUUAGCUAAAGCACUAAUCAGAAAAAUAAUAAUAAUUGCUCAAAAUAAAAUUUGUUAGCAUUACUCAGCUGAAAGGCAAGUAAAUGGAACAGACAGAAAAUGAAGACGAAUGUGAAGCUGAAGCGUCAGAGUGUUAGCUGACAGGCCAGGGUGUUAACAGUCAGCUCAUCAGCCAGGCUGUUCUCGGUGUUUGUAUAUCUACCUACGAAAAGUAAUUCAUCGUAAUUCGUGCUAUCCCCUCGUAAUCGGGGGCUGCGACAGCCGUGAUCACUUUACGAAUGCGGUGAUGGUAGUGAAGAAGGAAGUGGUAUAUAUAGAGAAAGUUCACAUAAGGAGGUAUGUUGUAGUGAUGAAUUGGUCAAACAAACACAGGACUUUUCCCCAGGACACUGAUGUUUGUAUCAAAUGUAAAACCAAAUUAAUUUUGAGUAUAUGUCAUGUACCUAACUUAUUUAAUUUACAUAACUAAAAUGUAACUUAAUGCAAUGUAUCUUUGUGCUUUGGAACGGACGUAACGUGACAUACCUAAAUCUUUACUUUCCCAAAACUUACCUAUGGAACUUUACUUGCCAAAACAUAACUUACGUAAAUUAACAUAAUGUACGUAACGUGAAGACCCCCAACCAUGUUUCUUUGCCUAAAUCUAACCUAUAUAACUUUACUCCUAAAAUCAGUGUAACUUUACAUUAAGUAUGUAAGUUAAUGUUAAGUUAAAAGUUAACAACAACGCCAUUUGUGGGACACUAAAUUGUUAGAUAUCAUACGAAUGUGCAUUUUCGAAAGACAUCAUCUAAACUGUUACAAUGCACCAGGUAAAGAAGCCAACCACUUUAAGAAGGCAAAUUAUGCUGUUCCACCCUCUGAUGUGACCGGGCCUUUAUUCAAAUUGGAUAAUUUCAUUUUACAUGAAAGGUCAUUUUAGGUUUUUUUUACCCUUCAUAAGAAAAUGCUUCAUAAUGUAAACAACAAAUGGGAGUUAAAAAAAGAGACUAAUCUGAAGUCUUGCAAAACAGUGUUGUUUACGGUGUAAAGUUUUUUGUUUUUUUUCUCUAACAACAGUGCAGUUACGGAGCUGUUUAAAUAUCAAAGGUAUUGAUGCACUUUUAAUGUAACUUCCCAGUUAGCUUGUUCAAAUGCCAGUGUUGUCACAUUUGGCAGCUCAGUGGCCCAUCUUGAUUUUCUAAUCCGUUGUCUCCUCCCCGUGUACUUUAUCAUGUUUUCUUGAAUGUUGAUGUCACCUUCAAUUGUCUUUGCCAAUGUUGUUGCCGCAAUAUUUAUUGAAUUAUAUAUUUUCCCUUUAGAAUAAAUGCAAAUGGAAUUGAA